GCAACCAUAGUGGUUCAGUAUGUUCACUAGGAAAAUUUCCAGUAUUAUUUCUUUGGUAAUUUCACCUCUCCAUUUUAUUAUUGUUUUCUCUGAAAUACCUAUAUUGAUCCUCUAAUUUUUUUCCUGCCUAUUUAACCAUUAUUUUUUCUAUUUCUUCAGCUUAUCCUCCAAAUUUUUCUCAGCAAUCAUUUUUAAUUUCCAGUUUGUCCUCACCUCCUUCUUAUGUCUUAUUCAUAGUUGUAAUAAUUUCUCUUAACUUGGAAGAAACCAGUAUUUAUUUGUUUGUUUGUUUGUUUUUGUGGUGCUGUGGAUGGAACACGGGCCUCCCUCCUGCAAAGUGCCACUUUACCACUGAGGCUCAAAAAUCUAUUUUUAUUGUCUAAUCCUUCCACAGUUUAGUGUUUUUUUCAAACUUUAUGUUUUGGUCUGUCAUUUAUGUUAGAAGUUUUCCUAAAAACUGAUCAUCUGUGAGUAGAGCACAACUAUGCUUCCUGGAUUGUGUGUGUGUGUGUGUGUGUGUGUGUAGGCGGGGCUGUGUAGAGGUGAGCUUCAGGGCAUGCUUGUGUGGCCUUCUGGCUUUUUAUUAGUGGUUUCCCAGCUCUCAGCAUCUGUGUCUUUUCUCUUUGACCACUUUGUUUCCUAGCAAAGUAUGUUCUCCUGGGCUGGGAUUAUAGCUCAGUAGUAGAGUGCUUGCCCAGCACAGGUGAGGCCCUGAGUUCAAUCCUUAGCACCACAUAAAACAAAUAACUAAAGGUUAGAUUCUUAAAAAAUAGAAAAGAAAAGAAAAAAGUAUGUUCUCCUGUUCUAGUAGGGAAGUGUAAGCUUGCCCACCAGAGUUCUGGGAGCUACGUGGAAGAAGGGACUAAAAAACUUUUGAUUUAGUCCUUCUAUUUUUAGUCCCCAGCCUCCCCUCUGCACUUUCCUAUGUCUGGUAUCCAAAGUCCUGAACCUCUGGUUUAGUUUGUCAAAUAGUAAAUGUCUCUAAGUAUGGGAUUAAAAAUCUAAGAAAUCCAACAGUUCUUAGACAAAUUUUCAACAUACCUUUCCAUUUUCCUUCCUUUUCUUUGCCCACACUUUCUGUAGCACUUCGUGCCUAAAAGUCCUGAACUUUGCCUGCUCUGUUGGCUUCCUUUUUAUCCAUGUCACCUCUACACCCAGCUCUCUGCCACUGAGUCAGUUAUUGCUCCUCUGUUUUCUCAGGUUAUAGAUUAUCUGAUAGUUUGUUGGAGAAGAGGUUUGUGGACUUUUUUCCCUUGGCAACCAGAGCCUUGCACUUGCUAAGUGAGCUUUCUACCGCCGAGCUACACCUCUAGCCCUAGAUACAUCUGGAAAGUGCUCAGAAGAAACAUCCUGUCAGAAAAACUGAAAAAGCAGUAUUUAUAACACUGGAAUCUGUGGAUAAAUUUGUUAAAAUGGCAGAAAGUAGUGAAAAUAAUAGUAAAAAUAUAGAUGUAAGACCCAAAACUAGUCGAAGUAGAAGUGCUGACAGAAAGGAUGGUUAUGUGUGGAGUGGAAAGAAGUUGUCUUGGUCGAAAAAGAGUGAGAGUUGUUCAGAUGCUGAAACAGUGGAUACUAUAGAGAAAACUGAAGUUCCUUUAAGGAGCCAAGAAAGAAAUCACAGCUGUUCAUCCAUUGAGUUGGACUUAGAUCAUUCCUGUGGUCAUAGAUUUUUAGGCCGAUCUCUGAAACAAAAAUUGCAAGAUGCUGUGGGGCAGUGUUUUCCAAUAAAGAAUUGUAGUAGUCGGCACUCUUCCGGGCUUCCAUCUAGAAGAAAAAUUCAUAUCAGUGAACUAAUGUUAGAUAAGUGUCCUUUCCCACCUCGAUCAGAUUUAGCCUUCAGAUGGCAUUUUAUUAAACGACACACUGCUCCUAUAAGUCCCAAAUCAGAUGAAUGGGUAAGCACAGACUUGUCUCAGAGUGAAUUGAGGGAUGGUCAGCUAAAACGAAGAAACAUGGAAGAUGUAAACUGUUUCUCUCAUACCAAUGUUCAACCUUGUGUCAUAACUACCAACAAUGCUUCAUGUAGAGGUGGUCCCGUGACUGACUCUAUGAUGAACCUAGGUCCAAAUAACAGUAUAGAAGAUAGUGAUAUGGAUUCAGAUGAUGAAAUUAUAACACUUUGCACAAGUUCCAGAAAAAGAAACAAACCCAAAUGGGAAAUGGAUGAUGAUAUCCUACAGUUGGAAACACCUCCUAAAUACCACACUCAGAUUGAUUAUGUUCACUGUCUUGUACCAGACCUCCUUCAGAUCAAUAACAAUCCAUGUUACUGGGGAGUUAUGGAUAAAUAUGCAGCUGAAGCUCUACUAGAAGGAAAACCAGAAGGUACCUUUUUACUUCGAGACUCAGCACAGGAAGACUAUUUAUUCUCUGUUAGUUUUAGACGCUAUAGUCGUUCUCUCCAUGCUAGAAUUGAACAAUGGAAUCACAACUUUAGCUUUGAUGCACAUGAUCCUUGUGUCUUCCAUUCUCCUGAUAUUACUGGGCUCCUGGAACAUUAUAAGGACCCAAGUGCCUGUAUGUUCUUUGAACCACUUUUAUCCACUCCUUUAAUUCGGACUUUCCCCUUUUCCCUGCAGCAUAUUUGCAGAACAGUUAUUUGUAAUUGUACAACUUACGAUGGUAUUGAUGCCCUUCCAAUUCCUCCUUCUAUGAAAUUAUAUUUGAAGGAGUAUCAUUAUAAAUCAAAAGUUAGAGUACUCAGGAUUGAUGCGCCAGAACAACAAUGCUAGGAAAAGGGUAGUAACAUGGGAAUAAUUGCAUAUGUAUUUUCAUUUAACAUUUUAUUUUUCUUGUUACUCCUCUUUGAAUUUUUCUACAAAGGCAGUUGGAAUCGAAAAUAAGCCUCUGCUGGAUCUGUUUAUUUUUCUUAUGCUACACUAAUUGUUGGAUGUUAACAUAUAUUUUUAACCAUGUAUGUUCACUUUGGGUUUUUAUUGUGUAAAUUGUAUACUUAAAAUUUUCUUUCCUUAACUUAUAGAUGGUCCAGGCAUAUUUGAAAUUUGGUAGGCAUUACAAAUACAUUUGGAUAUUCUGUAUUUUUCUUUAAUAAUAAACUUAUGUUCUUUUCUACAUGUAAAAUAUUUUUAACCUAUGCUAUCAGUGUUCCUAUACAUAAAAUAUAGUUUCCUCAUCCCCUUUUGGUUGAGCUUUAAAAUUCUUCAGUAAAGAUGAGUGCUACGAUUCAUCCAUACUAGUGUAAUUGACCUUUAUAAUUUACUAUAGGAAUGUUACAGGUAACAAAAUGGCUUAAAGUCAAACUUUCUGUGUUUUUAAUUUAAAUAUUAACUGUAAAACAGGAUUAAUCCAAAUCAAUUAGCAUCAAAUGAAAACAUGACAUUCUGGAGGUGCAUUUAUGGUACAAUAUGGCAUGGUCAUUUGCUAUUCCUAAAUAGGUGGUCUUCUCUACCUGGAAAAGUUAAAUCAUCCUUAUGUGUACGUGCGUGCACACAUAUGCAAACCUUAGCCCUCACCCAUGAUAGUCAUGUGCUAUACCACUGAACUAAAACCCCCACCUGAGUUAAACCAUCUUUAAAACAUAAAACUUUAUUUCUCAAUGAAAACUUUAAAAAUAAUAACCAUAUUAAUACUUAGUAAUUAAAGCAACUAGGGUUUUUCUGUAUUCAUUUAUGAACUGUUGAUUCUACUUAGCUGUUUUUUAGAAGCUCUGAGCCUGUUACUUUCAGGAAUUUCCAUAGAUUAUAAACAACCACAAAUUUCUACUGGUUAACCAAAGAGGAGACCUAAGUAGUUUUUCAUUAUUUUCAGUUGACUUGAAUAAAGAUUCAAGAAGUAUACAUGGAGAUCAAUAUUCAGGAAGCUUUGUGUUACUUUUUGAUCUUCAAGUUCCAAAUAAUUAUUAUCUUCAGAAUUAACUUUGGUUUUUAAUGUGACUUCAAAAAAGGAAAGCUAUCUGGCAUACUAAAAUUAUACUGAACAGAACAAAAAAAUGAUCAUGUUUCAAAUUUACUAUUCCAAGAAGAGGGCAGCAUUUUUAGAAACAUUAGCCCAGUGUAACUAAUAAAAUGAAAUGAUAUCCUAUUCUUCUUUUUUAAAAGAGUGACUAAUAAAUCUAGAAAGAUUCCACAGUUUUCCUUUUGGUGAACUGUCUGCCCCUUUGUACAAAUUGGCAUUUUUUUAAUAUAGCCAUUGAUACCUUGAUGCUAGUUUAGCUGUAUUAGGAAACUUCUAUUUGGAUUGAAUUUUGUUUUGACCUACAAAAUGUCCAAGGUAGAGCAAAUGUUUUAUUUAUUGUUGCUUUUAUGUUGAAAUACCAUUUCCUAUCUUGCAGUUCUGCUAUUAACAUAAAAAUAGCAUUUUUCAAUAAUAGCUUUAAAGUAAACUUUUAGCAAUUACAAAAUUAAACCAGGAAAAUCUGUUACCAUUAUCUUCUAGCAUUUUCUUCUCAGUGGUCUCAAGAUUGUCUCGAUCUCCACAAAAGGUAGCUACUCAAGUGGCACCUCUUAUAGAAGUGAUGAGACUCAGGAUUAUCAUAACAUCAGUGUCAGGAUAAAUAUCACUUCUAAAGAUGAUAUUUACCUUUUACAAAGGUAGAAAAGUCUCAUACUACCUCAUCUUUAUUGUGGCACUUUUAUAGAUCACUGAGAAGCUUAUCUUAUUAAUAUAACACUUCCUAAAUAACCAUCUUUGGUGAAAGAAAAUAGUGUGGUAAGACUCUACCCAUGAUUAUAGUUUUUUAUCAGAAUUUGAUAAGACUUUCUGUUUCUGUGAAACAAUUAUUUUAAAUAUUUUUCUUUUAAAAAUAACUUUUUAUCAGUACUGAAAACCUAAGGAAUGACUAGCCUAUGAAUAUUCUGUUAAAGGGUAGUUUUAUAAAGAAAAAUGAAAUAUAAUUAUGUUAUCUUUUAUAGUGGUAAAAAUUAGUGUUUCUAUGAAAGUCAAGAUCUAAAUAGCUUUUCAUAUAAUUCAAACUGAUUACUUGUGGUAUAUUUUCUCUGGGCUUUUUUAUUUUUUUCAAUUCAAGGUAUUAAUAGCUCUUAACAUUUUGAAAAUACUGCCAUAUGUGCAUCAUUGAAGUAUCUACUACAUGAGAACAGCCAGGCAAUUCAUUUACUCUGAAAUGAUUUGUAUUUUCCCUUUGGUAUUUGCUACAAUUAAAAGAAAUUUGGAAAGUAGACAUACAUAAAGACUUGAGGAGGGAAUUAUUUAUCAUGAAUGGGAAAGAGUAAAAACUUAAUUUUCUAAAAAUUAAGUGAUUAGAAUAUUAAAAGAUUAUCCCCUUUAUGUUUUUGUGAGAGUACACAUGGAACAACAUCAGUAUUAUAUAAGUCAUCAAAAAUGUAUUUAUUGGGCUGUAACUAAAAUGAGUAAAUUUUGAACUAGGCAUGGUGGCUGCUGUAAGUUUAGCUAUUUGGGUGGCUGAGACAGGAGGUUUGCAAGGUCAAGACCAACCUGGCAACUUAGCAAGAAGGUCUCAAAAUAAGGACUGGCGAUGUAGCUCAGAAGUAGAGUUCUUGCCUCAUGUGAGCAAGGCCCUAGUACUGCAGAAACAAAACAAAAUAAUAAAAUGAGUAAAUUUUGAGAAUAAAAAUGUGAAGAUACAAAAUUUCUAAGAUACAUUUAUAGCACUAGACUAAACAUUAUGAACAUUUGAAAAGUAGAAACUCCAGAGUUGAGAAAGAAUUCAGCAUGGUGGAAAUAUGUAGAGCUUACUGGUAAAAGAGAAUGGAUCUAAAAGAAAAUAAGAUAUUAAGAAUUUAGGCAUUACCUCAGGGAAAAGACUUGACAGUGAAAGGGAACUACUUAAUAGCUAAUAGCUUGUCUGGACCAGGCACUUAGCUGUGCUUUGGGAAUUAUCUUGUGCUAAUCAGGAAAUAAACUUCACUUUUCUAUUUUUCUCUCAAGCUUUUCAGGAUAUAUAUCCUCUCCUUGCACACGUUCCCCCCCACCACCACCUUUUUAAUCUAUAGCAUCUUAAUUCAUGCUGUAAUUCUUGGAAUAUGCUGAAUGGGGUUUUCUCUUUUUUAGGUUCCUUAGCAUUUUGUAUGAAAAGUCAUAUGUAAUCUUUCUAUAACCAUGCAUUCACCUAAAUAAUUCAUAGAGGGAAUGGUUUAAUUUAAAGGAAGACCUAAUAGGAAGAUUAAAGGAAGCUUUUAGUCAGCCUGUGGCUAGAUUUAUUGAUUUGGUGAUCAAACUUGUGUUCUUUCCUGAAUUUCAGCUAAUGGCCAACUGUGGUCAAAAAAACAGCUUUCAGUUAAAGUUUUGACUUCUUAUAAAUAAUAUAAAGAAUGCUUUAGUAAUUAAAAAUCCUUUAAAAAGAAGAACAAAUGUGGCAAUAGGACUCAUAUAAAUUAUACUUCUUUUGAUAAGAAAACAAAAUUGUAUCAUUUAUUCAUGAGCCAAAGCCAUUAAGAUAAAUCAAGUUAUCAACUUCCUGUGUCUGAAGUUUGGAUCAUUUUAUAGAUCCAUGUAUUAGAGCACUUAUUUCCUAUGAAACAAAAACCUUGAGAUCUAACUCUUGUUUUCAUUAAAAAUAUUUCUCAUCACAUUUAGCUAUAUUCAGAAUCUAAUAGUCAUGUCAUAUUUUAUAUUUUGACUUUUGUAGAGCAAAUUUUACAGGAAAGUAGACUUAGUUAUAAUACAUUCCUACAGACAACAAAAUAAUGUAAAAUAGCCUACUAUAUAAUGUUAAGUAAUUUAUUUUAUUUUAGAAAUGUUAAGUAAUGCCCACAUAAGUAAAAGAUUUUUUAAGUCAAGGAAUCUUGUUUCUACUUUGGGAAAAAAAUAUUUUAACCAUUUUUGUUUUAGCAUAAUCAGUUUUACAUUCACUUGUAUUUCUAAAGAAAGAACAAAGCACAAAGUUUUUCUUUAUUGAUGACCUACUAGAAACAAACAGCACUAUAAAUCUUUACUAACACAUUGAACACAAAAAAAUGAGGUAACUUUUAAAAAUACAUUGGCUUGUAAGCAACAUAUAGACUGCUUAUAAUACAAUGGAAAGAGGGUUAGCUCAUAAAUCCUAUCUCAAAGCUAUUCUUUGUAAUUUUGAAUAGCUUACUCAAUCUUAACAUCUUCCUUUGCCUUCAUUUCCUAUAAAGUGUAGGUAAUACUUUUCGCUUCACUUCCUGAAGGUUAAUCCUUUGGUAAGAAGUGACCCAUGGAGCAUACUUGAAAAUAAUUGCUGUACACCCAUAAAGUAAUAAUGUGAUGGUAGGUUUUCAAAAUAUUUCUUUAGUAGACCCUGCAGAGUCACAUUCACUUUUUGUAGUCUGUAAUAGGCUUUCUUGGCUUGAUUCGACAAUAGAAAACAGUACAAUUUGAAUUUAUGGUUUAGACUGCAAUUAAAUGAACAAUUGCAAUUUCCUCUUGCCCUUCAUAAGGUCAGAUUGAUGUUUGUCUUUUUAAGUUGAUUACAUUUGCAAUAAAAAUGAUAAUCACUUUGCCAUGGUUAUGAUCAAAUCUAAGCUUUCAGCCUUGAGAGCCAUGGUGUGAAACUUAAGGAAACUACUCAAAUUAUGCUGAUUUUGCUAGAAUUGAAUAAAAUCUGUAUUAGCCAAGUACAAACAAUAUAUACUUGAAUAUUCAGAGUUUUAAAUAGUAAUUUCACAAAACUACUCUUGUCAAUCAGGCUUGUAUGAUCCACACCAUACCCCCCAAAGUAGUCUAUUUCCACUUUUAUUUCUAAUUUUGAUGUUGACUGUUUGUUCUUGGAUGUGAGUUUAAACAAUUUGAUCUGAACAAUUUUUCACUUAAUUAAAUCUUCACAUGUGAAACCCAAA